CCCAUGUGGGCGGUAGCAGUGCGAAUCCGCACCUGCGAGAGCGCAAAAUGUUGGCUUUGGGGGGAGUUGAUAGUAACCAACAGUGCAUAAUUGAGACCCAUGUGGGCGGUAGCAGUGCGAAUCCGCACCUGCGAGAGCGCAAAAUGUUGGCUUUGGGGGGAGUUGAUAGUAACCAACAGUGCAUAAUUGAGACCCAUGUGGGCGGAAGCAAUGUGCGAAUCCGCACCAGUGGGAGCACCAGUGGGAGCAUUUUAAAGAGACUGUAAAGGUGUUCGGCCGUACGGCACACUAUUUUUUGUACAUUUUUUAUAGCCUAAAGAGACUAAUAGAAAUUUUUGGAUUUGGGCAAAGCUUCUUAGUUGUCGACCAAGUGUGACUAAGAAGGACGGCAGGGCUGGACGGGACUUUGUUGCUCCGAUGAAAAGUGCGAUAGCAAAAUUGAACACGGGAGGUCUAAGUGCUGCUCAAGUUCAGGAGAUCGAUGCAGACGAUGGCGAAGAGAUUGUUGUUCGGGGAAUCGGUGACAACCCGGUCAGAGAGUUAAUACUCUCCAAGGGAAUUAUACCUACCUACCCAUUAGAGUAUUUUGAAGCAAAUGGAUGGACCAAACCUAUCGUUACCCUUCCCAUGACUCGUCCAAAUGCCACUAUUGUAGGAUAUUAUACCCAUAUUCGAACUACCAUUCGACGCGACGCUCCUUCUAUUGGCUCAGUUCUAGCCUUUAUCGAACUCCUAUGUACCUUGAUCACAGAUACACUUCGGUUUGACUGGGUCAGUCUCGGUGUGGCUAUUGGUGCAAUAGAUCAGAUAAUCUCCCCCCUGUCGCUUUUGACGGUUGCAAGAACAUCAUCCGCUCCCCAAAUAGGAGAACAUUCGAAUAAUAUCACAUUGGAAGAAACAAUUGAUCUGGCGAUGUUGAUCCUAGGUGGCUUCCGGGUCCAUCAUGCAACAAAUCAAAUCUAUACUGAUAAAUUGAGGGAUGCGCUCAAAAAUCAACUGACGACACCCGUCUUGAGGGACUCAAUUGAGGUCGCCAUUGUAAAUCUGGCAGCAGUGUAUGCUGAUACAGAAUUUAUCAAGCUCUUGUGCGCAAUCGAUAUGUUUUUUGCGAUGUUCCCAAAACAUCGAUUAACAAAACUCCGCUUUGGAACUCUGAUUCUUUCGUACAAGGACUGUACAGGGGUUGCCGCAAUUGGACACGGAUGUGAGCUCAUGAGCCACAGUACGAGGAUUUUCACACGCUGGCUUAUGACGCCGACACUGAGACAGGAUUUUAACCGGAUGAAUAUUCCGGGCCAAGAAAUCACUCUUCCCUAUUCUUAUGGACCCUAUUUGGCAGGAUUAGGAUUAGUGGAUAAAAGCCCCUAUUCGGCCGCUCUGAACAGUGGUCUACACAUGUUUUCGCAUUUGAUAGGUUGCGCGGUAUUGUCUACCCGGUCAAUAAAUGCGAUAUUCUUUCAGCCGAGUGGGUUGAGUGCCAUAAUUGAUAAUGCAAUAUUAUUUAUAUACGCACAUUCAUGUACAAGUUCGUUACAGCUACAAUUCUUCAAGAGGACAGAAACAGCGGAGGUGAAGAAAGUGGAGGAAGAAGCUCGUCGUCAAAUUGAACAACUACGGCAGCAGUUGAGAACUUUAGCAUCGGAGGAAACUGAAUCUGAAAAUGGUGACAUUGGCAAUGGAAAUCCAGAAGUAGAGUCCAUUGGAGAGCGAGGUGCAGGAGACUUGGACAAUGUCGAUGACGCAGGAGACUUUGAUGAUUUAUACUCCGAGGAACCCCGAAGUAGAAAUGCUAUCGACUGGUACACCUAUAUUUUUAAGCAUUGUAGAGGAGCCAUUCCAGAUAGAAUGAGAGCGGUUGCCUAUGAUAGGUGGUCACAGAUAAAAGAUGUCCGGCCAGGGACUGUUGGAGAAUUUGCCAAGAGGAUGGGCCGUGUUCAAACCCAUUGAUUGUUAGAGUCGAAUCUUACCCUAUUGAUAUAACUCUAUAUUACCCCAUUUAGUUUGUAAGAUAAUCCCUAACCAUGAAAAAAAAAAAAAAAA